AUGAACCGGUUAUUUGGAUCGAGUAAACCCAAAGCACCACCACCAAAUCUUCAGAACUGCAUUGAAAAUGUUGACAGUCGGUCAGAAUCCGUGGAGAAAAAGAUCUCAAAGUUGGACAUUGAGCUAAAAAAAUACAAAGAUCAGAUGAAGAAGAUGCGAGAUGGCCCUGCCAAGAAUAUGGUGAAGCAAAAGGCCAUGAGGAUUCUGAAGCAGAAGAAAAUGUACGAGAACCAGUGUGACAACCUGAGGCAACAAUCCUUCAAUAUGGAGCAGGCCAACUUUGCCACUCAGACCCUGAAAGACACUAAGACUACGGUGGAUGCAAUGAAAGUGGGCAUCAAGGAGAUGAAGAAAGAGUACAAGAAAGUCAAUCUCAACCAAAUUGAGGAUCUGCAAGAUGAUAUGUCAGACAUGUUGGAGCAAGCAGAUGAGGUUCAAGAGAUCAUGGGUAGGAGUUAUGGAAUGCCAGAACUAGAUGAGGCCGACCUUGAAGCAGAACUGGAUGCACUUGGGGAUGAUUUCUUAAUGGAUGAGGACACAUCUUACUUAGAUGAGGCCAUCAGUGCCCCAGCGGCUCCAGAAACCAACCCAGGGGCGGAGUCAGUACAGGAUGGAGUCCCAGUGGAUGAGUUUGGAUUGCCUCAACUCUCAUCAACAUGAAAGGUCACUUAUUGAUUAUUACCAAUAUCUAUAAUAUCGCCAUUCUACUGUCAGCUUCAAACGUAUGAUUGAUUUGGUCUAUCAAUAAUGUACAUAAAGCAAACUAAUAUUUUUAUUAUAAAAGAAAAGUCAGUUAUACUUGUAGUAUAUUGUUUUGAAAUGCGGACAGCCAAUUGUCAAUAUAGUUUGAUUUUUUUUGCAGAUUUUUGCAAAUUGUGGAAGUUGUUUAGCAGUCACUUGGUUUGUAAUGGCUUGCAUUAGCUUGUUACAUCUCACCAUCUCAGCAGUUGCAAUAUUAUCAGAAGUAUGACAAUUCUUGAUUGAAACCCAGAUGACGAGAUAAUCUUAUGCCUUUGAGAUAAACACAUGAUAAUUAACUUGUACUACAUGCGUUUGUGAUCUGUGGAAAUGGCAACAGUGAUCGCUGAGUCUGGAGUGAAAUCAGGAGAUGCUGGGUAAUAUAAGGACAUGGUAUCUUAGUGGUUGAUGCCAAAUAGCUCAUACUGCAGACCCAGGUUGCAUUGUGGAUUUGUUAAUACUGUGUAAUGUUUCCAGGGAGAUCUUCUAUUCCAUUGAACAUACGUUUGUAAGGACAUUUCAGCCAUGUUAUCCUCCAUCUUGUAAAGGUAUCCUGUCCAAGAAAUUGCUGACAGCACAGGAUGCGUAUUUGUAGCAAGUUGAAACUUAAUGUUGCUACCGGGUUGAAAAAGACCAGUUCUUGGUGUGUUUUUCUUAGUAAACAAGCCAAUAGUUAGUUAAUACAUGUAGCUACAUUUGUAAAAAUGUCCACAUUGUAUAAAAGCUGUAGCCUUUCCAUGGCAUAAUAUAAUCAUGUGUAGCAAGUCAAACGUUUCACAUUGCUUUGUUGUAUGAAAUCACACUUGCUACUUAGUGUACUUUAUGAAAAUUGAGUCAGUUCAUGUUUGUUUGUUGGGUUGUUGGGGGUGUUGGGUUGUUUGUUUGUUUGAACCCGACGCUGUAGAUGUUUUCAUAUUUGUAUACAAACUUAGUGAUGUGACCCCAAAAAGACAUGUAAACCACUCAAUCAAUUAGUGAUGGAAAAUAUUGACAUUACUAGGUUAAGUGUAUGAAACAAGGAUGGGUGGCUUAUUUUCUGUGAAGUAUGCUUUUGCUUAAUAUUGCUAACAUGAUACUACAUGUACUUGGGCAUGGUUCAUAUUGCUACAUCCAGUACCACAGAUACUUGUAACAAAAUACACUACCGACACAUGAAACUCUUGCAGUUACAAAAACGUACUGUACAUGUGCUGUUUGUCAAGAAAUAUUGCACUGUUGUAUGCAAUGUGUUUAUAGAUAAUUACUAAGAUAGAAAUAUGUAAAUAGAAUCGAGGGAAAGAAAGCAAAAUUAAAAUGCCAAUUGCAUCAAGGUAGAUUUCUGUUUAUUAUUUAACAUUUGGUGGUGGAGUAGCUACAUGUUUAUCUGUGCCACCUUUAAGAAGAAAUGUUUGUAUCAACAGAUACUUAUAUCACAAAUUGUUCCAUAGAUUCUGUGUUAUUCAUUGAGGUAAUACAGAUGACCAUGAAUGAUGCUGCAUGACAUCAUGGAGUCAUUUUUCAGUUGUCAUGCUUGUUUUUCUUUUUAUUUCAGGUUUUUGGAUGGUUGACGUUUCCAUUUUCAAAGCAAUUAUAAUAUCUAACUUGAGUUGUUUUAAAUAAAUAUUGAAUUAUAAAACAUGAAUUAGUUAGAUAUGUACCUGAAAAGAAACUCUUAAAUUAAACCCAGACUUUUUAUACUCGUUUCAUAAAUAGGCACCUCAUACCAUGAUCAGUUCUAAAUAUAGGAGCUGGUUUGAAAAUGAGAAAAGAUAAAGGUCACAAAUAACUUCAUACCUUAGUAGGAAUUGGGUUCACAUUUAGAGGAUGGAAGUCCAACAAUUAUUAAAUUUCUUGGUAAUUACAAAAAAAGCCAAAACAACACUUUUCAAGUGAUAUCAAUAUGGAAAUUAUAAUUUGUGUUAAAUUCACAGGCUGAUCCAAUAGACAUGUAAUCUCUGGAGUUUUCUUUCGCCAUCCCAAGACAGAAUGUAUACAAAUUGAGUUGUUGUUUGGAAGUGCAAAAGAUGAGGUUUCGGGAAAUCUCAUGAUUGACUUACAACAAUUAAUUCAUCAUUUGUAGAGCCUUUAUGUGACUUCCCUUAUUUCUAAUUAAUUUAUGACUCUAGAAAAAUACAAUCACAGUAUUUGUUCAUCUUAUAAAAAUCUAAGAUAAUCACAUUGAAAUAAUUAAAAUAUUCACAAACAGUUGUACUCCA